UUGAUGUAUUCACAGAUUAGGAUUUGGAUGAGGCGUGCCAGCAGCGUAUCCGCAUCCAUGGCUUUCUCUCUGUCUUCCCCACUCAUCUCUCCCUUCACUCCCAACCGUUAUUCUCUUUCUACGCCUGGCUUCUUUCUCUCCAAAACUUCUUUUAGGAAGUACGCCCUGAGUCCCCUUCGUCCCACGGCCACACUUCACCGCAUUUUCGCUACAAUUCCUUCACCGGAAGUAAAAAACAAGCAUGCAAUUCUGACUGACUUACACAAAUCCACUUUUGAUCAAGGAACAAAAAGACUUGAGAGCAUAGUUGCUGCUAUUCUUGUUUUUGUUCAAAUAGCAUCUCCGUUACCUUUAGGCUUAGCUGCUUGGAGUUCUUGGUCUAUUUCUCCCGCUGAAGCAGUGCUUUAUUCCCCAGAUACAAAAGUUCCUAGAACAGGGGAACUAGCUUUGAGACGGGCUAUCCCUGCAAACUCAAAUAUGAAAGCUAUACAGGAUUCUCUAGAGGACAUCUCAUACUUGCUGAGGAUUCCACAGAGAAAACCCUACGGGACAAUGGAGGGUAAUGUGAAGAAAGCCCUAAAGAUUGUGAUGGAUGACAAAGAAUCCAUCUUAGCUAGCAUACCAGCUGAUUUUAAGGAAAAGGGUUCAGAGUUGUAUGCAUCUCUUAUAGAUGGGCAGGGUGGAUUGCGAACCCUUCUUGAUUGUAUAAAGGAUAAGGAUCCAGACAAAGUAUCAGUAGGUCUGGCAUCUUCACUUGAUACUGUUGCACAACUGGAGCUAUUACAGGCCCCAGGAUUGUCAUUUUUGCUUCCACAACAAUACCUAAAAUAUCCAAGGCUCACAGGGAGAGGAAUGGUAGAAUUUGCAGUUGAGAAAGGUGAUGGUUCAAUGUUCUCUCCAGAAGCUGGUGGUGAACCAAGAAAAAUUGCCACAAUUCAGGUCGUUAUAGAUGGAUAUUCAGCACCACUAACAGCUGGAAAUUUUGCAAAACUGGUGGUUGAUGGGGCAUACAAUGGAGUGAAAGUCAGCUGUACUGAACAAGCUAUUCUAUCAAAAAGCAGUCUCGGAAAUAACAGUGGUUACAGCGUUCCCUUGGAGAUAAAGCCAUCUGGACAAUUUGAGCCACUGUACAGGACAACAUUAAGUGUGCAGGAUGGGGAGCUGCCUGUGCUUCCACUAUCUGUAUAUGGUGCAGUUGCUAUGGCACACAGUGAUGUCUCUGAGGAGUACUCUUCACCAAAUCAGUUCUUCUUUUAUCUUUAUGAUAAGAGGAGUGCUGGCUUAGGGGGAUUAUCUUUUGAUGAGGGUCAAUUUUCUGUCUUUGGAUACACAACUGUUGGGAGAGAAGUUCUUCCUCAAAUUAAAACUGGCGAUGUGAUUCGGUCUGCAAAGCUAAUAGAAGGUCAAGAUCGUCUCAUAAUGCCAGAAGAAAGUUAAUCUGCUGUCAUUUCUGACUGGAGCUUCUUCGCAUUCCCUUGAGUUCAUUGCCAACUUCGGAUGUCAUCACCCUGGCUUCCAUGCAGGCUUUGCUGUAAAGUUGCUGAUUUUUUCCUUGCCAAAAGAAGGUUGCUAAUUUCCUUCAAAAAUGAGUGGAACCCCAUCCAAGUGUACAACUAAGAGUUUCAUCUUUUUCUUCUCCCCUCUCAUAAGAAACUGAAACUGUUUUCUAGAUUUCUACAAUACCAUCUCAAUUGUGUUAGUGUCUCUAUUGUUAUUUAACCUUCUAUGCCUUUGAAUUUAUUCAAUGACCUAUGUAUUUUCCGCGAGUUUUUGAUACUUUUGGUGGCAAAAUCAACUCAUUUUAGUCACACACACAAAAAAAAAAAAAAAGGCAAAUGAAUUUGGUGGAUGAGAGA